AUGAUAUCUUUUUGUACUGACAGCUUUAAGACAGUGGCAGGAACAAAAAAUUAUGAUAAUGUAUAUGGGGCAAGUGCUAUAAUAAAUGUUUAUGAGCCAAAGGUGAAGAAAGAUAGUAAGCAUCUCAGUGCAACGGGUAUUCAAAUUGAUAAUGGGCCAAAUGGACUUGAAGGUAUAAUUGUUGGUUAUUCGGUGGCUCCAAACUUGGUUGGUGAUAGCUUCGCGAGGUUUCACAUUGCUUGGGAUGCAGGCGCAUCGAACAAGUCCUGCUAUGAUCACACAUGUCCUGGUUUCGUGCAAGUUAACUGCAACUUUGGUCUUGGUGGAAGAUUGCAACAUGUUUCAGUCUAUAAUGGGAAACAAUAUGUAAUUAAGAUCCUUAUUUUCAAGGACACGAAGACAAAGAAUUGGUGGGUAGCAUAUGGUGAAGCGAAUAUACCCAUCGGAGAUUGGCCAAGUUCAUUAUUCACUUACCUUAGGGAUAAAGGUAAUUACACAUUAUGGGGUGGGCAUGUUUCGGGCCCGACGGCUUCAUCUGAUUCUCCACAAAUGGGUAGUGGGCAUUUUGCCUCCGAAGGACAUGGCAAAUCAGCUUUCAUAAAGAGCAUCCAAAUAAUUGAUGAGAAUAACAAGCUUAUUACUCCAAAUGAGAACAGAGUCGUCACUGGAACUAGUGAUAUAACAAAAUAUACUGUUGAUGGUUAUGGCAUUGAUAAGGAGGGUAUGCAUAUAUACUAUGGUGGACCGGGUAAUUUCGUCUAAGUGUGUAAUCAAACUGCAAUAAAGUUGUUACUAUACCGUCGAGUUAGACAUAUAUAACUAGAAAGACCUCGCGCAUGCGGUGGCACACUAUGGAUGUACUCCCUCUGUUCCCAAAUAUUUG